ACGGACUCGGAGGGUAGUCAAUGAAGCGAGUCCUGUCGGGAAUCCAAGCAUCGCACGUUUCUGGACAAGGUCACUUCUUCAAUAAUAAAUAGGCUGAGCCGGACAUCCCCCCGCCCUCGCAAUGGAGCGGCAAAGUACCCCACCAACGCAAGCAACAUCAGAAUUGAGACGGCCGCCAUCUCCGCCAACGCCCGAGGUCACUCGACGGAUAGAAGAGUCGCGCCUGCGAGCGAAGGCCAUCCGCGGCCAGCGCGAAGCAGAGCAACGAUCCGCCGGCGUCCCUCCCGAACCACGAACAGCGUCCGGCUUCAUUGCGACCGACGAUAUCCAGCUAGGGGGGCCGGCAGGUAGGAAGCGACCGUACACAUCCAUAUCACGAAGCGAGAUACCUACGACGAACCGAGAUGCACGCUCGGCUCCUUCGAAAGACGACGGCGGUGCCGGGGCCAACGAUCUACGCCCCAUCUCCCGCAAGUUUAGCAAGUAUGUCGACUACAACUUCAGUGCCAUGACCGACACCAAGGGGGGCUUCUUGAGCACGGAGGAUGAUCCAUGGAAUAAGAGCAUGUCCACUGGACCCGGGUCCGGCGCGCCCGGGUCGGAGCAGAAGCCAGCACACAUGACGGCCGCCGAGUGGGAGCGGAUGCAGCUGAUCAGGAAGUUGCAACGCAACAAGGCCGGCCCGUUCGAGCCAGGCUUGAGCGACCUCGCGGACGAGAAGUCGCGGAAACGAUGCAGGGAGUGCCGCACCGUGGAGAUCGACUUCGUCUGGGAGGAGGUGUUCGGCUGUGCCGUGUGCAACUCCUGCAAAGAGAAAUACCCGGAAAAGUACAGCUUGCUCACCAAGACGGAAUGCAAGGAGGACUACUUGUUGACAGACCCGGAGUUGCGAGACGAAGAACUGCUUCCACACCUGUCCAAACCCAAUCCGCACAAGUCGCACUGGCACGACAUGAUGCUCUUUCUACGGUACCAAGUCGAGGACUACGCCUUCAACCACAAGUGGGGCUCACCCGAGGCGCUGGACGCCGAGUUCGAGAAGCGCGAGGCAAACAAGAAGAGGCGUAAGGAGGCCAAGUUCAGGGAGAAGCUCCUGGACCUGAAGCGUAAGACCAGGACAGAGGCGUUCCGGCGAAACAAUGCCAAGGCCGGGAGCGCUGCUGCCGGGCCAGCUGGGAGUGGAGGGAAAGCGGCCAAAUUCGGAGACGCAGUCGGCGGCGGAGGGAAACACGUCCACGAAUGGGGCCGGACCGUGGAAAACGCGGAAGGGCUGACGGUCAAGACCUGCUUGACUUGCGGGAUGGAGGUUGAGGAGCUAGAGCUGUGAAGUCGGCCGGGAUUAUAACAUUAGCUGGAACGGUAGGGCGUCACAUGGUCCGGAGGGAGAGGCGGGAGAGAGGAUCUCGCAUGCGCGGGCCUGCUGUUGAUGGCCUGCUGUUGAUUUACCGGCCGGUAGGUACUGCAUGAUGCAACUGGACCUGGAAGCAUCCCGUUGCGGCAUUGCACUCCCAGCCGACCGCACGGGCCAUGGCAGCGGUCACACGAGAAAGCAGGCGCGGAUGCCUUGCAACCUCAUUGCGAGGCAGCUCACUUCGUAAAGUCGGACUGUGAUUCGACAGCCGUGCCAACAAUAAGUGGGCCCAGACAGCUGCCCCCGUUUCCCGUUUCCCAGAGCAGCAUCACCAAGCAACCAAGCAGAGGCAAGCAUUGCCGCCCAGCUGCAAGACGAAGAGUACAGGGGGAAAAAAAAAUCCUCCCGCCACAACGAUCAUCGACUCAACUGUGUCUGCAAGCUUGUUCUCUCGCGACUUCCGCGUGCGUGCUUCGUUGCCCUUGCUCAUCCGACUACUUUGCGCCCG